AUGAGCGAUGGUGACAGAGAGCCUCAACAGAUAAUACAGUCAGCUGAACGGGAUGCUAUUGAUCUCCUUGGUCAUGGUUCUAAUGCUGUUGACAUCGAGGGUCAUGAUUCUGAUGCUGUCGACAUUGACGGUCAUGAUUCUGAUGCUGUCGACAUUGACGGUCAUGAUUCUGAUGCAGUUGAUGUCGAGGGGAACAGUUCAGAUGAGGGUCAUGGUUCUGAAGCUGACAGAAAAAAGUUCUCUGAUAAUAACUGGAAAAUGGAAGUAACAACUCGUACCAGUCCCACUGCAAAUGAAGAAGUUGGCAUUUCAGGGCAGGAAAUUUUUUCUUCUGGUAACGACAAGCUACGAGAGCGCCAAAAUUUUAUUGGACAGUUGUUUGAUGACACAGAGAAUACAACCAAGGAUAACUUAAAAAAUGAGCAACUUGACACCUCAGAGAGGCUGGCCAAAGACCAGAACCAGAAAGCCCCUGAUUUGGAGCACUACAGUCAGAAAUCAGCAAGGGCGAAAAAUAUGAAAUCCCAUAGCUUCAAUCAGUUCCCUGCCAGUCAAACGAUAGAUCCACCUAAAGAACUUCAGAAGUCAUUUAUUGAAAAGUCGAAUAGACAUGGUCAAAUGAAGCCUGUUGAUAGUUCAGGUAAAUCAAAUAAACAUUCUAAUGCCGUAGGCAAUGUACGCAAAUCUGAAGAAGGGUACCAUUUGUCGCAUGAAAUGCUUUCGAGUCGGUCAGAAAAGGUCUUCAGGGACAGUCAGAGAGAUGAUGUUCAUUUGAAAAAUAAGUUUCCAAGGAAUAAAAAAGGUGGUGAGUCAGUCAUUCGACCUUCAUUACCUCCUGACACAUCCAAUAGAAAACAUGGUGAAUUGGAUGGAACUGACAAGGAUCCCAAGAAUGGUGCAGGAAUGAGCAUAGGUUCUUCUCCCUUGGAUAGCCAGAGAACACAUUUGGCGAAACUACCUAAGGGAAAUGGAUCUGUGCUCCAAACACAAGUUCCGGACUUGGAGUUGGGUGAACUGCCUGAGUCAUGGGGCGAAGAUACAACAUUGAAGCAACUCGAAGAGAAUUGUUCUUUUAGGCAGUCAAAUUUAAAACCAAGCACUUCAGAGAACUUUGGUAUCGACUCGAACAAACGAAGGUCUAAAAAAUCUGACUCAAAAAAGCCAGCUCCUUCACAUGCCAGUAAUGGUAUCAAAGAGUUUCCCAAGCAUGUCGUUGAAGAUUCAGAAAGAUCCCAAAAGUGGGCUUUGCAGUCACAUGAGCAGAACCUGACAGGUACGGAUACUGAAAUUGUUGCUCAGAAUAAAAAUUUAGAGGAUACAGCUAAUAAAUCAAGACAAAAAGAUAGUAGAGCAAGAGGAGGAAGCAGUGUGGAAGGCUAUGGAGAGACGAACAAAAAAACACCCGUUGUAAAACAUGGCUCCAAACGAGCAUCCACAUCCCGGUCAUCAAGGGAGAGUAAAAGACAUGCGUCUGGCACAAUUGCAAAUUCUAUCAAUGGACACAAAGAUGCAAUUUCAAUACCAGGUGAGAAACGGAGGACAUCUUUCGAUGCAGAAGACCCUUCUUAUCUGAAAUACGAGAAAGCUUCUCCUGAGCCUAAGGGACCUAUUAGUGAUCUUCUGCAGUAUGAAGCCUAUAAGCAGGAAUUUUUGGAUAAAUAUGAUAGCUACUGCUCCAUUAACAAGAUAUUAGAUGGCUACAGAACUGAGUUUCAAAAGUUGGGGCGAGAACUUGACUUUGCAAAAGGGAGGGACAUGGAGAGAUAUAACAAAAUUCUGGAGCAAUUAAAGCAAUCGUAUCGCAAAGAAGGGGAGAGGCACAAACGUUUGAAGAAAGUGUUCAUUAUUCUCCAUGAAGAAUUGACGCAAGUGAAACAAAGAAUGAUAGACUAUGCAUCAUCUCAUGGAAAAGAUUGA